AUGGUCAGCAUGUCCACGCAAGGGGCGUGGACAAGCCCUUUCAACCUGCACACCUGGGACCUAGUAGACACUCUGGAGUGCAAUCUUUGCCAGAGGGAGGGGCUCCUUGGACAACAUCCUGAGCUGUUGCUCAAAAGCUCGAUUCACAACAGCAAGUUGCAGAUUGCCCCGAAGCAGUCGAUUGCCUUCAUCAAAGCAGGGCAGAAGCCAAAUCACCGGUCCAACUCAUCAGGGGGUUCCUCUCCACUGCUCCUGACCGGCAGCUCCGAGUCGACCUGUGCUGUGGCCAGUCCUCACCACUGCAGCGCCGUCCUCCUGGUCAUCUUUGGCAUCAUCUUCCUCUUUGGCAUCCUGGGCAACUGCAUCGUCAUCUACACCAUCAUGAAGAAAACCAAGUGCCGCGCCAAGCAGACCGUCCCCGACGUGUUCAUCUUGAACCUGUCCAUCGUGGACGUCCUCUUCCUCCUCGGGAUGCCGUUCCUCAUCCACCAGUUGCUCGGCAACGGGACGUGGCGCUUCGGAGCCACGCUGUGCACAGUUAUCACCGCGCUGGACUCCAACAGUCAGAUUGUGAGCACUUACAUCCUCACGGCGAUGACCCUGGAUCGCUACGUGGCCACGGUCCACCCCAUACGCUUCAACUACAUCCGAACGCCGUACGUGGCUUCGAUGGUCAUCGCCUUUGUCUGGGCUCUGUCCUUGAUCACCAUCAUCCCGGUCUGGAUGUACGCCGACCUCAUGCCAUUGUCCGACGGCCUGGUGGCCUGCGCCUUGCUUCUGCCCGACCCGGUGACCGACACCUUCUGGUUCACGCUUUGCCAGUUCUUCUUGGCUUUCGCUAUCCCGCUGGCCAUCAUCUGCAGGGUUUUCUUCAAGAUCCUGCAGCACAUGUCCACCAGCGUCGCCCCGCUCCCUCCUAGGAACCUGAGGGUCCGCACCAGGAAGGUGACCCGCAUGGCGGUCGCCAUCUGCCUGGCCUUUUUCAUCUGCUGGGCUCCCUACUACAUCCUCCAGCUGGUCCACCUGGGCGUGCAGAACCCGAGUCUAGCCUUCUCCUACGCCUACAACAUCGCCAUCAGCAUGGGCUACGCCAACAGCUGCAUCAACCCCUUCCUCUACAUCGUGCUGAGUGAAACCUUCAAGAGGCAGUUCCUCAGAGCCGUGCGUCCCGCCAACAUGAAGUUCAACGUCAACUCCAGCACGGCGGAGGGGGGCAGCGUCAGUAUGAGGAUGGUCCCAGACAGGGGUCACCCUGAGCAAGCUUCCAGGGACAUGUUGCCGUCCAAUGUCCCCUCACAGUAAAGAAGAAUCACCCAAAGAGGGAUGAAAGGGUCUGAUUACAAUAAUUCGCUUAUGAUAACAUUAUAAUUAGGGGUGUCCCUCUCCGAUAUUGGUCUGAUAUCAGAAAAAAAAUCGGAACAUACUGGCUUGUGAGUAAAAUCCGAUACAGGCAGUCCUGCAGUGCAUUUCCUCAUGCAAAGCCAGUUAGCAUCGAAAUGUACCCCAAUAAGAUCUUUUCUUGUAUUUCAGUGAAGUCAUUUGCAAUAGGCAAACAUGGCAGGCAGAAGGCCACUCAAAGCCAGCAGCUACACAACGGCUAAGCAAAGAAUAGCACAUAUGUAAGAAGUGUCCUUAAUUGAACAAUAUUGAAGGGUAAAACACCACAGUCGUCAAUAAAAAAAAAGAUUAGAUAAUUAUAAUUACAUAUUAUUAUAAACUAUCCAGUAACAACCGUGUCCGCAUCAUUUAACUUUCUGCGUCAUGCCCUUAAUGUAAUGAACUAUUGUGACCAAUAGGUGGCACAAAAACACAAAUGAUCACUCAACUUCAAAAAUAUAAAUCUAGAAUAGAAUAGAAAAUACUUUAUUGUCAUUAUAUUUGCAUAUAACGAGAUUAAAGAUUAAAGGCUCCAGCUUUAGGUGCGGUUGUGGGAACAAAUAUGGGGUAAAAUA